CACAACACCACGCAGCUCACCGUCGUGUAAAUACCACGCGCCUUCUGCUCGCUACAUAAUGUCUGGUUUGCUCUGCUUCAUCAUGCUGUUGCGGCAGGUUGCCAAGCUACACCAACUUUACUACCCAUUUGUCCGUCGAUUCAUUCCUACGUGACACAGUAUGUGUGCCCACCCAACUUGCCCCUGUCAACCAGCCCUUGACCAGACUGGAUGGGGAAGGGCGUCCCUCGCUAACUCGCCCUUGCAGUCAUGCCUCCCGCCGGGAGCUUCCUCUAUGGCCAGCUGUUCGCCAAAAUCCCCGUGCCCACGGCGUCCUUCGCGUCCAAGACAAUUGUCAUCACGGGCGGCAGCGGCGUUCUGGCCAGGGAGACGACCAAGCACCUUAUUCGUCUCGGUGCGCCGCGGGUGAUCCUUGGCGUGCGGAACUUGGAGAAGGGCAGGCUGGCCAAAAAGGAGAUCGAGACCGCCACCCGGUGCAAGUCCGACAUCAUCCAGCUCUGGGAUCUCGACAUUGAGUCGCCGGCAUCCAUCAAAAGUUUCGUCGAGAAGGUGAACACGCUGGACCGGGUCGACGUCGUCAUCAACAAUGCCGGCCUCGGGACCAAGUUCGCCAUCCACGAGGCCUACGACUGCAACCGCAUCAUGGCCGUCAACGUCGUCGGCACCCUGUUGUUCGCGGUCCAGAUGAUUCCCAAGCUCAAGGAGACGGCGGCCAGGUACAACACCACGCCGGUCAUGACCACCAUCACGUCGGCCCUGUACGACAUCGCCAAGUGGCCCAAGAUCCCGCCCGGAGAGGACGUGCUGUCCGUGUCCAAGAACCCCAAGGGCUUCAACAUCCAGACCCAGUACAACCUCUCCAAGCUGCUAGUGCUGUACGGCGUCAUCAAGCUGGCCCAGCUGGUCGACCCGCCCGGAACGCUGAACCCGCACCCCAUCGUCAUCAACCAGAUGAACCCGCUCUUCCUCAAGACCGAUCUGGCGCGCGAGGCUGCCGGCAUCGAGAAGGCCUUCUUCAAGGUCUUCGAGGCCGCCCUCGCCCGCACCGGCGAGGAGGGCGCCCGCCUGGUCGUCGCCGCUCUCGCCAGCGGCCGCGAGACGCACGGCCGCUACAUGGAGAGGAAGCUGGAGGAGUACCACCCCAUAGCCAAGGACGACAAGAAGAUCAACGCGUUCUGGGACGCGCUCUGCGAGAGGCUGGAGCGGGUGCAGCCCGGCGUUUUGGAGAAUCUGAAGGCGUAAAGGCUGAAGGUCGUGAAGCGUGGUGUUUUUUUUUUUUGUUCCUAUCUGGAAGGGUUGCGAUGAUCCGUCUCUUGUUGUGUAUUCCCGUGAGCCGUGGUUAGAUGUGGGUCGCUCUUAAUGGUGGAGUCGUAGGGCUAGAUUCUCCGCAGCGGCGUUUUCAAUUUCAUGAUCUCGAUCUUUCUGCUCGACUAGGUACUGAGGGUUUCCGCGUAUCUUCUCAACGGUUGGUGUUUGGAGCUACUGCGCGGAAGAGAUCAAUGGAAGCUAUAGCAAUCUGAGCACUCGAUAGCAAUGCGUUCAAUCGUGGUGUUGAAGACGUUGUGUUUCAGAAGAAGACUG